UCACACAGAGCCAUACUCGAAAAAAACUUUCCGAAACUUGUGUCAAACCUGAAGGAGUAUUUUUGGAACAGAAAUACUCCUUCAAACGUACAACUUAAUUUUUGAAACUUUGUCCAUGUUUAGCAUGGGAAUCCAACUCUUUAACAGUGUAAAAAACUCAGUAUGCAUGAAAUAGCAUUUCACCCCCCCUUUAAGCAUUUAGAUUUGGAUUCUAUAUAUAUAUACUUUUGCCAUUGAAGAGCUGAUUCAGGUGCAUCAGCGCAUCCUCCAGAACCACACUACUCAGAUUAUAUCCAGCACUAGUUUUGAGCAUGAAUUUCUACCAUUACCAGAUUUGUUUAAUUCCCUAGCUAAGAUUGUAAACAAAAUAAAUAGAUUUUAUUAUAAGAGAUUCAUUUGUGAAACCCUUCUACUGAAGUAAAAAGAAUCAAUGUAAUUUCAACAUUUCAUCAUGAAAAAAAAGGAAAAAAAGAAACCACAGAAUCGUUAAAUAAUAACAGGAUGACUGCCAUCCAUGCUGAAAAUAGUUUGAGUUUGAAUAUACAUUAUUCUUUUCAAAAUGCAUUAUUUUUCAUUUAAAAAAUAUGACCAGAAGAGGGAGCCAAUGUUACAUUACAGUCAACGCGACAGUCUUUUCUUCCAGUGGGCAAUAGUAUCCAUCUGCAGACCCGCAGCACAGCCGUUUUAGAACCGCCGUUUCAGAACCGCUGUUUCAGAACCGGAAGUGAGGGGCGGAGCUAUUAACACCUAGAAAUGGCGGAGAGCACGAGACAUAUAACUAUUCAGAAUGGUGACGCAUUACCUGAGCUGCAGCAGUGCAACAAGUGUUGCAGCAAUUAUCACUGCCCUUUUUGCGCGGCCAGCGUGUUUAAGCCAGCCAAACUGGUCAAAUUAAAAACCCAUCUUCAAAGCCACUUUAACAAGGCAGUAGUCUGUGGAGGCUAUACUAUACACAGAUGUGGACUAGGAUGUAGACCAGCUCUACAUCACCACUGUCCAUACUGUGAAACAACAAUUUUAAAGAGAGGUGAUUUUGAAAAACAUGUACAGGUUUGCAAAAAAACCCCACCUCCAACUUCAGCCACAAUUCCAUCUUCAACCACUGCAGUGCUGACCACACCAGCUGUGAGAGGGAAACCAUCUCCUACCACUGCAGUUCUGACCACACCAUCUCCAACCACUGCAGUGCCAACUACACCAGCAGUCUUCUCAGGAAGGGUUUGUGUAAGGCCUGUGAUCAGAAAAAGAUGCCCAGUUUCGGACAUCUCUAUAGACGAGCUAGUCCCCACAGACAUUGAGAUGGAGCAUGUUACCCCGACAUCAAUGACGGUCCCAACCAGUACAGAAACUGAAAUGGUGUGUAAUUAUAAAUGCCUGUCUGCCAGUAGAGAUUGUUGGGAUUGUGUGCCAACUCAUAGGCAAUCAGUAAUGCUUGAAUGGGUUUUGGGGACAGGCGACCAAGAUGAGACAAUUGCUGAAGUUGGAAACGUGGUUCUGAAAAGAAAAGAUUUCUGGACUCUCGGUCUCAAUGAGCAGUUGGAGUUUUUACAAGAAAGACCCAAAUACUGUUGA